AUCCUAAAAACCCAUCGGCAGGAUGGGGUCUGAAAACCCGAGCCCACAGAACCCCAGCUGCAAAAUCAUGACUUUUCAUCCGACAUUGGAGGAGUUCCAGGACUUCGGAAAGUAUAUUGCUUAUAUCGAAUCCCAGGGUGCUCACAGGGCAGGACUCGCGAAGGUGAUUCCGCCCAAGGAGUGGAAGCCACGCAGGACCUAUGAUGACAUUGACAACAUGGUCAUCCCUGCUCCCAUCCAGCAGGUGGUGACAGGGCAGUCCGGCCUCUUCACUCAAUAUAAUAUUCAGAAGAAACCCAUGCUGGUUGGAGACUAUCGGCGCUUGGCCAACAGUGAGAAGUACUGUACACCCCGGCAUCAAGAUUUUGAUGACCUGGAACGCAAAUACUGGAAGAAUCUGACUUUUGUGUCCCCUAUUUAUGGAGCUGAUAUUAGCGGUUCUCUCUAUGAUUCGGAUGUGGAGCAGUGGAAUAUUGGAAAUCUGAACACCCUUCUAGACAUGGUGGAACAUCAGUGUGGCAUUAUCAUUGAAGGAGUGAACACCCCCUACCUUUAUUUCGGGAUGUGGAAGACCACCUUUGCAUGGCAUACAGAGGACAUGGAUCUCUACAGCAUCAAUUACCUGCAUUUUGGGGAGCCCAAAUCUUGGUAUGCCAUUCCACCAGAACAUGGCAAGCGGCUGGAGAGAUUGGCAAAAGGGUUUUUCCCCGGGAGCUCCCAAGGCUGUGACGCCUUCCUCCGUCAUAAGAUGACCCUCAUUUCACCUUCAAUCUUGAAGAAGUAUGGCAUCCCCUUUGACCGGAUCACCCAAGAAGCUGGCGAGUUCAUGAUUACCUUUCCUUAUGGCUACCAUGCUGGAUUCAACCACGGCUUCAACUGCGCUGAGUCCACCAACUUCGCCACGCUGCGAUGGAUUGAUUAUGGCAAGAUGGCCACCCAGUGCACGUGCCGGAAAGAUACGGUGAAGAUCUCCAUGGAUGUUUUUGUACGGGUUCUCCAACCAGACCGUUAUGAUUUGUGGAAGCAAGGAAAAGACGUCACGGUCUUGGACCACAUGAAACCCACGGCUCUCAGCAGCCCAGAGCUGGAAGACUGGAAUCAGAUCAAGGCUGCGUUGAAAGCAAAGAUGCUACGCAGGGCAAACAGGAAGCGAAGCCAGCCCCGAAGGCAUAAGACGCAGGAUCAGAAGUCUCUGGGGGAUGCCAUGGCUACGGAGACUGCCUUGGAUGAAGUGACUGUCAAGGAGGAGCAGCAGAGAAUCCCAAGCCUGGACGAAGAGGAGAAAAGCAAAGAGGGAGAGUGUAAGCCGAAGAGCCGCACCCCAAAAGUCAAAGGGGAGAGGAAGAAGAAACCGCAGCACUCCCUGUCCCGGCCCCCCCAGCUACCGCUGCAACAGCUUCUGCCUCCAUUGUUGCUGCCGCAGCCUUCCCUUUCCAGGCAAGAAGAAGAGUGGCAGCUGCAAGCCCCUCUGGAGGAAGACAGGCUGCAGGCCAAGCCCCGAAAGUCUGCCUCCGCAGAAGAAAGCACCCCACCCAUGCCUGCCCUGGCCUCGGAAACCCUUGGCAAGGAGAAGGAGUCCAAGGCUCAUCCCAGUUUACAAAAGCUUUACUCCGUUCAGCGGCCCCGAAAGACCUCCUCUCAGAAGAAGCGCGUGUCCUGCCAGCAGAUGCUUGAGAAGUUCCUCACGCAGGAGCAGGGGGUAGAUCUCCGCAUAAAAGAAGAGGAGAGCGGAGAAGGAGACAACACAGAGGGGCCCACUGAGCCCAGUAAAUUACAGGCUGCCCUACGCUCGGACGAUAUCACCUUGUGGAGGAUUCCCAAAAGGGAGAGGCGGGAGUUGUUCAAGCGAGUUAGCGGCAAGCCGGCACGGUACGCUGCGGCCGUGUUCUCCCGGAUGGUCCCCCCGGAUGAGCUGCGGCGGUGGCGAGGUGCUGUUAGCUAUCGCGGGGGUGGAGGCAAGCGCGCUUUGCCACGCAACGUGGUUGCCCGUUUGAGGCGCCUUUUGCACCAGCAGUUCUGGGACAUAGUGGCAGCCGACUGGAGGAGGAUCCGGUCGGAAAUCAACAAGAUCCUGGGGACUUAAUGGGGGGCAGUCUCUUGGCGUUCCUACCCCACUGCUGAAUGGCUUUGGGCUCUUCGUAGUGCCACGGUAAAGACGGGCUGUUGGCUUCCUUGCCCAAGACUUCUCCCAGCACGCAGUGCCUGAAACCCCCAAAGAGACCAGACUCUUUACUGC